AUGUCGUGGGAGCCCACGUUCUCCAGGUGCACCCGCUGCUCCUUGAGGAACUGCAGCGCCUUGUCCACAUUCUCCAGCGAGUGGAUCCGCAUCCGGCCCCGCGUGGGCUUAGGCUGCCGGCAGGCCCUGCGCCUCCGCGAAGGUGACCAGCUCCUCAGCGCCAGGGUCUUCUUCGAGAACAUCCGCUACGAGGACGCCGUGCGGCUGCUGCAGUGCGCCGAGGCCUGCAAAGUCUCCUUCUGCCUCAAGCGCACUGUGCCCAGCACCGACGCUGCUGUCCGCUCCGGGGCAGCUGGCGCCGAGGCGAAAGGGCCCAAGGCGAAGAUGGCCAGGCUGAACAUCAAAAGCCUGAGGCCCUUGAAGAAGAAGAAGAAGGCGGCGAAAGCCCUGGUGGCAGCAGCGGCAGGGCUGGGAGCAAAUGCCACCGCGCGGGGAGGCACCAGCCCUUUGCCAGGAGCCAGGGCCGCCUCCGACGGUGGCACAGGCCAGGAGGGAGGGAGCCACUACCCGCCGGCCAUGGUCACGCUGGAGUCGGGCACCGAGUGCUACGACGUGGUGGACACGCUGGGGAAAGGCACCUUCGGGGAAGUGGCCAAGAGCUGGCGGAGGAGCACGGGGGAGAUGGUGGCCAUCAAGAUCCUGAAGAACGACGGGCACCGGAGCCGGAUCAUCAAGAACGAGCUGAAGCUGCUGCAGGCGAUGGGGGCGGUGGACGCGGAGGAGUCACACAUCGUCCGCUUCCUCGAGUCCUUCCACGACGGCACCAAGUGCUACCUGGUCUUCGAGCUCCUGGAGCAAAACCUCUUUGACUUCCAGAAGGAGAACAACUUCUCCCCGCUGCCUGUCAGGCACAUCCGGACCAUCACGGUGCAGGUGCUCAAGGCGCUGGCCAAGCUCAAGGAGCUCUCCAUCAUUCAUGCCGACCUGAAGCCGGAGAACAUCAUGCUGAGCAGCUCGGGACAGCGUUCAGUGCAGGGCACGGGUGCUCGCCGGCGGGACAAGCCCACUGCAUGUGGUCGGUGCACGCACCCGGCGUGGGGUGGCAUGGCGCACCCAGAUGCUGCGCAGCUUUCCGGACCCACCAUUUACUUUUAA